AUGUCUCUCUCACUUCUGGUGAAAUGCUUCUUCGCUACACUGCUUUUUGUUGGAGCAGGCGCCACUUUCACAAAGGAAACAAUGCCAGGUGCCAAAUAUUAUGACGGCAAGAAAAUCAGUCUUCCUAUGUCAGGCGAUGCUCAUAUCGAACUCAUAGAACACUGGAUGUUUCAAGCUUACAGCAGCUUCCUUUCUGCAUUUGCAACGAAAAAGUACAGUAUAAUAUCAAAAUAUUUAAGCAUCCCAGAAUUACCAACCAGCGACCGACGGGUCUUCACAAAAUGUUCCAAACGUGCCUCAUCGCUUCAUAAACAUGCUAAGUGUAUCGUGGAUGCCCUAAAAUCAUCUAAAAAUGCGGAUAUCAAUAGAGACAGCCGUGAGGGUAAUCCUUAUCUAACAGACAGCAGAAAUUCUUUUAAACGUCGUUUACGGGAUGAAGCCGAAACGGAAGAUCCUGACGAGAAGGAGCAAACAGUGAUACAAAGAACUCCGAAAACCGUAAAAGUUUCUGGCCCACGCAUGACUAUUGUGAAACAAGACAGUUAUGACUUGUUGUCAGCUAACGAAAUUCAAAGUCCAGCAGGGAUUUUAAUGAAAUCUCUUACUCACGAGGUUCUCGAUAUGAUGCCUGAAAUGCUAAAAGGACAAUAUAGAAGUGUUAAAGAGAGAGAUCCACUUGGUACCCCUCAUUUGGUCCGUAAAGCUAUUAAAUUGGGUAUGACAAUCGCUGGUCAAAAUACAACAGAUUUUGAUAGGAAAACAGUCAAACUGGCGUCUCCUCGAUUCUUUUCUGUUGUUCCUGAAGAUGAUGAACAUAUCAACCUCCUAUCGCCAUCGUUAUUCAGUUUACACGACGAAGGUAAUGACGUUGAAAAAAAAUUUAGUAUUCCAAGCCUUAUCAAAGGUACAAAGGUGAUGCAAAAUCAAGAUCAUGAAGAAAUGAUAAAUUUGAUUGCCGAAGCUACUGGUGUUUCUGACGUCGUAGAAGAAGCCAAGCACAAAUCGCUUUUAGAAGUUGAAACCAACGCGCGAGGGAUUGAUGGUCAGCCAAUGUAUUUCACGAAAGAGAAUGCUACUGAAAUAUACGGAGAAGAUGGACGCAGAAAAAUUGAUACGUUUGAGAACCUUUAUAAAAAAACUGUGACAUUUCAGAUCAAAGAAAUGAAUUCAAGUGGGUACUCAGUUUUGAGCAAAGAACAACUUCAUCUCCUUUAUGGUAAAGAUUCUCCUUACGCAUCAGAAGCUACAUUGAAAAGACUUACGUCUUUAAAAAGCCCCGAUGAACUUCAGCGGCAUAUAGAGCAUGAUAUAACUGUACUUGCAAAAUCACGAAACUUAAAGUCAACUUUAAGACAAGAAAGAUCAAUCUUGACUCCACUACUGUUCCAAGACCUAACUCUCAAUCCAGGCACUCUUUCUCAAGCGAUAGUUCUUUCACCUGUUCUUUUUUCACCAGUAAUAUUAUCGCCGGCUGUGCUAGGACCAUUUAUAUUGAGUCCAUGGCUGUUUGUACCUGUCAUUCUUUCACCUCGUGUUUUGUCCCCUCUAAUUCUGAACCCUCUUAUCUUUUCACCAGUUAUCCUGUCACCACUAGUUUUACAUCCAUUCAUUCUUUCUCCUGGUAUCUUCAAUCCAUUUAUUUUGUCACCAGUUGUUCUUUCACCCUUCAUCCUUUCUCCCCAAGUUGCCACACCGUUCAUCCUUUCUCCUUUGGUUCUUAAUCCUUUAAUCCUGAAUCCUAUGGCCCUUUCCCCGCUGGUACUGAGUCCGUUCGUUUUGUCUCCACUCGUACUUUCACCGCAGUUACUUUUCGCCCUUGUUGCAAGUCCUCACGUGUUAUCUCCAUUGGUUGGAAGUAACCUUACCCUCAGCGCAGUAGUUGCGUCACCAAGCUUUUUGAGUUGA